GUACAAGUUGGAGAGAGUGGUCUGGAGGCAAUUGAAUGCAGAUUGGCUAGUGACCCAGCUGCUCAAGCAUUUGAAUGUUCACAUGGCUCUGUCUUCCAAUGUUUCAAGAAGGCUACGGAAAAAAAUACAAUUGAUGAAAGACCGUGGCAGAGCCAAGUGAAAGUCAUUUUCUCAAGGAAAAAUUACAUGGACUUCUUUCCAACUAAACAAGAAACAUGUACGAGUAGAAAUGAAGAUUAACAAUACAACAUAAUGUCCUACUCAUGUUCGGAAGAUAGGACGACAAGAUCAUUGGUAAUCCUAACAAUCAACUUAAUGUUAAAAGAAAGUUUGAGUGAGUGGUCUGCAGAAAAUUGAAUGGGACUGAAAAAAAAUCUAAAGACAGAAGCAUUUGCAAGUUCACAUGGCUCUGUCUUCAAAUUCAUCAUCUCAUCAAAAUAUAUUGGUAGUGAUUGAGACUACAUAUCUGUUGAAGUUCUGCAUUCUGUCCAGCAAUAUCUCACCUAAAAUAUUGAAGUUCAGGUGGAAAACAGCACUGUGUGAUCCCUCAUGAGACAGUGUUCCCUUCUAUACCCUAUCAAGAUGGUCUUAAUUGUCACCACAUAUUUCUUUCAAAGGAAGACAAAUCCUACAUAAAACUUUAACUAUAUAUACUUCAUGAGACUUUCAUUGCCAUCCAUUCAAGUCUCUGCAUAUUCUCAACUCUUCUCUUCUUCUUCCUCCUAUAAACUUCCACCUGACAUUUCUCUAGCGAGACAUAAAACCAUGGGUUUCCAUCGUCCAAGUGUAACUCAUGCAAAGAAAGUUCUUCGGCGGUCAUUUUCAAAUUCAAGUCGUGGAGGUUCAUAUAAAUUAGUAGAUGUCCCAAAAGGUUUUUUAGCUGUUUACGUUGGGGAGAACGAGAUACAGCGGUUUGUCAUUCCUGUAUCAUAUCUCAAUCAACCUUCAUUACAAGACUUGCUAAGUGAGGCUGAACAAGAAUUUGGAUUUGAUCAUCCAAUGGGUGGUCUAACAAUUCCCUGCAGACAAGAUACCUUCAUUGAUAUUAUUUCUCGGUUUUGAAUACAUUGUGAUUAUUUGAGCUGCGUUAGAUUUUUGUAAAGCAAAAAUUUGAUACACACACUACAAAUUUUUUUCCUUCUGUGAGUUUCUGAAGGAUGUAAAUGAAGAUUGUAAUAGCAACUUUUAUAGCAAUAGUUUCUUUACAAGACGAGUGUAUCUCUUAUCUACUACUAGCUAGGUCAAAAGUGUGAGGCAUA